AUGCUUAGAUAUAGAAGCGCGCUCAAGGUCUGGGGUAGUAGGAAGUAUAGCGUGCUUUUGCCCGAGUUUAAGUUGAAAUGCGGGCUUGAAAUCCAUACCCAACUGUGUACUAAAAACAAGCUUUUCUCCUUGUCAACCAACGAUGCGUUCGCUGCAGCUGAUAAGCCAAACUACCACGCGUCUUAUUUUGAUGUCUCUCUGCCUGGAUCACAACCGAAACUGAAUUACGAAGCGAUUUUGUUUGCGACCAAGUUGGCAGUCGCUCUCAAUUGUCAAGUGAGUCCGGUUUCUCAAUUCGAUAGAAAGCAUUAUUUCUAUGGUGAUCAACCACUUGGAUAUCAAAUAACACAGCAUUUUGCUCCUUUUGCAAAAAACGGGUAUCUCGAGCUUUCCAAAGAUUUAGAUGGGAUCGACCAAGAGCAUCGGAAAAUUGAAAUCAUGCAACUACAGAUAGAACAAGAUACCGGCAAAUCAAUUUAUAGAGAUAACGAAAAACUGUCUCUGAUUGAUUUGAAUCGUUCAAAUGUUCCUCUCAUUGAAAUGGUAACGCAUCCGCAGUUUACCGAUUGGAAAGAGGUUAGGGCAUUCAUAAAGAAAUAUCAAGCCCUUUUGAGAUCCUUGGGCAUUUCAACCGGUGAUUUGGAAACCGGGGCCAUGCGUGUUGAUGUCAAUGUGUCAGUUAAUGACAAUGCAAGGGUAGAAUUGAAAAAUUUGCCAAAUACGAGUUCAAUUUUAAAAGCCAUUCAGUUUGAAUACGAUAGACAUGUGCAUAUAAUUAAAGAGGGAAAUCAGCACAAGCUUUUAGCUCAAACAGAGACGAGAAGUUGGAAUGGAUAUUCUACGGCAAGACUUAGGGGCAAAGAGACUAGCAUAGAUUACCGAUAUAUGCCUGAUCCCGAGAUACCGGUUGUGAAGGUGUCACAAGAACUAAUCUCAACAGUGGCUCAAUCAAUACCAGCUCUCCCUGAUGCAAUCUUGAGAAAACUGAUCAGUCAACCGUUCAACUUAUCUCUGAAAGAUGCCAAAAUACUUGCAUUUGCUAGCAAUGGACAUGGAGAACUUUACUCACAGGCAGAACUUUUACCUUUUUACAUUAAGACCUUCGAGAAUUACCAGGAAAAAGCGGGCAAAAGAGUUGAGACAAAACUUCCAACAAGUUGGAUUAUUCACGAACUACUGGGAAAUAUCAAUAAACUUUCAUUGCCCUUCAGUGACGUAAUAAAAGUUUUGACUCCCACGAGCUUUAGUGAGUUUUUGAUACUUAUGACGGAAGGAAAGAUUUCGAGACCUAGUGCCAAGCUUCUUCUCUUCCAUAUUCUCAAAGACCUCCAACAACGACAGGAUAAAGUGCCACAUCAAUCCAUUGAUUUCCAAUCGUUGAUUAAAGAAUAUGGUCUCAAUGAACUCAAAAACGUUGAUCAAGAAGAACUUGACGAAUUAUGCUCGAGUAUCAUAAAAGAGGUUGACAAUCCGGCUCUCAUAGAGGCCAUCAAAACGGGUCAGAAGAGAAACUCUAUAAAGUUUCUCGUAGGGCAAGGAAUGAGGCUUUCACAAGGCCGCAUUAAACCACAGUUAUUCGAGAAGACUUUCAAGAAACUACUUAGGGUCGAUUGGUAA